CUCCUUCGUUGGUGUCCUUGGCCUGGAGGCCCAAGAACCGAAAAAAGGUACCGAUACGGCCCUGAGAAAGUCCCCUUCCGAAUUGUGCACGUCAUUCAUUAUUUAUACGGCAAGGGAUCCCCCCUCACUACCUAUGUAUACCUUCCUCUCCUUCCCCGGAUGAACGAUCUAGUCUGUAGUUGAAACCUGACCUUUUUCUUCACUUCAUCUACCCCUACCCCUCUUCAACCAAAAGUGAGCACAAGGUUCCAGUUUAGGAAUAAAAAGUUACUUUCCGUCUGUUGGCUUGUUGAUCGACUCGACCCGAGCCGAGGUUCAUCAUCAAGUCCCCAGUUCUUCCGUUCUCACUUGCCGUGUGUCUCGUGUACAAAGAACAAAAAGUACAUUAGUCAACUUAUACCAUUUGCCACCUGCCUAUAAUAAUAUAUAGGUUAGGUUCUGGCAUCAAUCCGGUCCUCAGCAACCGGUCAACAAUCACUCACGGCAUACAUUCAGCAACCCAUACACACAAAAGUCGCCAUGCCCCUCACCGAAGCCGACCGCGAGAUUGCGGCCGCCGAGAUCGACGCCUCGCCCAUGGAGUUUGCCGGUCAGGAGUCUCUCGCUCGCCGUAGCGAUGAGGUUGAGCGAGUGAUGUCGACGUCGUCGGUUUCGACUUCAUCUUCCGAGGAGAGGCAAAGGAGAGCGAGACGCAUGAGCGGUGUUUCGACACAGCACGAUCUUGAGAGGCACCCUACCGAGCUUAGUCGCAUCCAGACGCAGAGGAGUCAGCACAGCGGCACUGUGGGAAGGUCAGGAACCAGGAAUACCAGGACGAGCAGGAGGUCCGAAAAGCCUCUCCCGCCCUUCGGCGCCGGAAAGCCCUACCCACCCCAGCUGCCCGACCCGGAUGAGUAUGUGGUUGAGUUUGACGGUCCCGACGAUCCCUUGCACGCCAUGAACUGGCCUUUCAAGAAGAAGUUCUGGAGUGCCGCUAUGCUCGGAUAUACUUCACUUGUUGCGGCGUUCGGUUCAUCUAUCUUCUCUUCGGCAACCAGCUCCAUUGCCAGGAUCUACCACGUCAACCAGACGGUUGGUAUUCUCGGUGUCUCUUUCUACGUUCUGGGUUUCGCGUUUGGUCCUACACUAUGGGCGCCUCUGUCCGAAUUGAAGGGCCGUAAGCUUCCUAUCGUUAUCGGCAUGUUUGGUAUGGCCAUCUUCAGUAUCGCCACGGCUACCGCCAAGGAUCUCCAAACCAUCCUCAUCACUCGCUUCUUCGGUGGCUUCUUUGGCGCCUGCCCACUGGCUGUCGUCGCUGCUGUUUUCUCAGACAUGUUCGACAACAGGACGAGAGGUAUCGCCAUUACCCUGUUUUCCAUGACAGUCUUCACCGGUCCUAUGAUGGCUCCCUUCAUCGGUGGCUUCAUUUCGACAUCUUACCUUGGCUGGCGCUGGACCGAGUACAUUGUCUCCUUCAUGGCCUUCCUCGCCUUCGGCCUGGACCUGCUCUUCAUGCACGAGACCUACCCUCCCCAGAUCCUGGUCAAGAAGGCCUCCGAGCUCCGCCGCCGCACUCUCAACUGGGGCAUCCACGCCAAGCAAGAGGAGAUUGAGAUUGACUUCAAGGAGCUUGUAUCGAAGAACUUUUCGCGUCCCCUGCGUCUCCUUUUCGGAGAGCCCAUCGUCGCCCUCCUCUCCAUCUACAUGGCCUUCAUCUACGGCAUCCUGUAUCUCUUCCUGACGGCCUACCCUAUUGUCUUCCAGGGUGUCUACCACAUGACUCCUGGUGUUUCUGGCCUCACUUUCUUCGGCAUGAUCACGGGUCAGAUCCUCGCCGGUGUCACCAUCCUUCUGCAGCAGCCGUGGUACAUGCGCAAGCUCAACGCCAACAACGGUGUCCCCAUCCCCGAAUGGCGUCUCCCCAGCGUCAUUGCUGGCGGUGUUGCCUUUUCCGCCGGUCUGUUCUGGUUCGGCUGGUCUGGCUACAGCGGCAAGGUUCACUGGAUUGUCCCCACCCUCUCCGGUAUUCUCUCCGGUUUUGGUCUGGCCUCCAUCUUCCUCCAGGCCCUUAACUACCUGGUCGACUCCUACCUCAUGUUCGCUGCCUCCGCCAUCGCUGGCAACACCUUCCUUCGUUCGCUCGCCGGUGCCGGUUUCCCGCUCUUCUCCACCUACAUGUUCAAGGGCAUGGGUAUCCAGUGGGCUUCCACUCUCCUUGGUUGUGUUGCCGCCGCGCUCGUGCCCAUCCCCAUCAUCUUCCUGUACUAUGGCCACCGCAUCCGCGCCAAGUCUGCCUACGCUCCCACGUUUGCGCCUAGAGCCCCCGCCGCCGAGGACGAGAGCGGUGAUGAGACCAACUCUGAGCACGCCGUUGGUGAGAAGGAUCACCAGCCUUCGAGUGUGCCCAGGAAGGAUGGCGAUGCCGCUACUAAUUCAGUUUAAGCGGUUGCUGCAUGGUCAACACUAUUUUUUCUUAUAGAAAAAAGAAGAGAACAAAAAAAACACAAGAAUACCCGUCUUAUGAGGACGGCACAUCACAUAACGACUGCCUUUAAAAGACAGUCUACAACACAAACACAAUCAUGAACACAACGGUCUUAUGAAGACGAGAUCAUAACGAAGAUUCUGGAAGGAACGAACUACAAAAAAGAGAGGUUCUUCUGGUUUGGGGUGUGCGUAUACAAAAAGCAUCAUUUGCAUUGUGCGCUUUUGAUUUUACGAGCAACGGCGUAUUUUGAUUUUUUUCUUCUCCUCUCUUCUUUUCUCUGCUUGCCAUUUAUUUCUAUUUUUUGUUGGGCUGGCUUGGUUUGGAAACAAAACGAGACAUGAUACCUAUACCCAUACCCAUACACAGCAUGAGCAGUAUUAGUUGGUCAUCAUCAUUUAGAAGAGGGAGAGGACAGAUUGAAGAUGGAAGAUGGGGAUGGGAUGCAAAGAGAGCGGAUGAUAGGGGUUGGAUAGAUGGGUUAAGUAAUGUAGUAAUUGGAUGGACAGUAGUAGCGAAGAGGUCUAUGGUUAUCUGCCUGCCUCUGGCGAGCGAUGAAUUGAAAAGAAGCAAUAAACCAAGCUGGUGC